AUGCCUCGACGAAGAAAUAGAAACCAAUCUGGAGAUGGCUCUGAUCCUAGUAUCAUUGCCAUGAAAGCGCCGGAGCGCAUCUACCAGCUAAAACAGGAGCGAGACGAACGCGCCAGAGCAAUUGUAGUCGAAGCAGAGAAGGCGCUGGCCUCUCUCGCGCAGCAACUGAGGACGGUCAUCGAGCUCGUGGAGAAGAGAAAGCAGAUUGAGAAUAGGAUGCUGGAAGUUGUAGCGGAUGUCCACUCUUCGAUGCGGGAAGUUGAGGAGAUGAUGCUGGCAGGGUACAAGGGGAGACACAAGGAGGCGAAGCAGCGUUUGAAUGUUCUCAGCGCCCGGGUUCGCGAGCGCAGGGAUUGA